UUUUAUUUCCAGUUUGUUUAGUCGCAUUAUUUUGAGUUUUGAUAUAGAAAGAGUUCGUGGAAAUAAUAACAUAUUCGGUGGUGUUACAAAUGGAUAUUUUGCUUUCACUAAGGAACACCAGUAACCGUGUGGAUACAGGUGCAUUGCCUCCAUUUCAGUUCAGCUAUUUGAGAAAUAGGAAAUCAUUAUCUGAGUUUUGGCGGGAUUGUCCUAUUCUGGCUGAUAAUUCAAAGGAGCAUAAUUGCAUGCCUUAUGAACAUUAUACCGCAACAUUACUUGCAGUAUGUUCAUAUUAUCAGUAUAUUUGUAUUCUAUCUUCAAGAAAUACAAGCAACUAACUUCGCUUACCAUUAUGUUCAUCAUUUGUAAACUGGCUUAAAAU